GUGUUGUAUAGCCUCUGUUGUUAGAUUUGAAAGUUUGCAUGAAUCAAUUUAAAACACACAGAGAGAGAGAGAGAGAUUGUUUUUCACUGAAAAACCUCUGAAUAAACCGGAACUCUGAUUCUAGGUGCUGAGAAAGAAAUCGCAUUUUAUUCACAGCCUGCACAGAGCACGAGCUACUGUUUUCAGAAGGAUGUAAACACGCCUGAAGCAGCGCACGCGUGUGUGUGUGUGUGUGUGUGUACUGUUGAGAAGCAGUGUUGCUGCUGUAUGCAGAGCUGGCACAGACGCUAAGAUCCGGUUCCUGUGCGCGCGCUUCUCACUCUCAGCGCGACAGAGCGCGAGCACGCGGCAUUGAUGCUCUGUGAGGAACCCGCGAGACAGCUUCGAGUUUAAAAUUGAUUGUCAAAGACUUUGGACGCUCGUGUUUUCACUUCACCGCGCAGUGCACGUGAGGAGUAAAGCGAACCCGGCGGAAAAGCGCUUUACAGUUUGUCGGAAGUGUUUGCACUGGGGCAUGUUUGCACUGUGCGUGUGGCGGGAAACCUGUUUCGCGUCCUGUUUCCCCGUGAAGCGUCGUGUGGGAGUGUGAGCGGCGGCGGCGGCGACGCACGCAUGAGCCGCGCGCUCGGAGCGGCGCGCACUCUCGGCCGGCUCCGGUGACGAAAUGCCGCGCGACCGCGGCGGAGACGAAGGCGCUUCCGGCGGCGUGCGCCUCGAAACACGCGGCACGGAGGAUGUGGAACGGGGCGGCGGGGUCGCGCGGCGCCCGGGUGCGGACGGACGGCGGGGAGAGCGCGGCGCCCGCCUCAGCCUGCUCGGCAAACCGCUGGUGUACGGCGCGCAAAGCGGCCGCAGGAACGCGCGCUACCGCCGUCUGCAGAACUGCCUGUACAACGUGCUCGAGCGACCGCGGGCAUGGGCAUUCGUCUAUCACGCGCUUGUGUUUGUGUUGGUGUUUGGCUGUUUGGUGCUGUCCGUGUUCUCAACCAUUCCAGAUCAUCAAGAAAUGUCAUCACGUGCUCUGUUUAUAUUGGAGUUUGUGAUGAUUAUUGUGUUUGGGAUGGAGUACCUCGUGCGGAUCUGGUCUGCAGGCUGUUGCUGCCGGUACCGAGGAUGGCAGGGACGACUGCGAUUUGCUCGAAAGCCAUUCUGCAUUAUAGACAUCAUUGUGCUGAUCGCAUCAGUCGCCGUGGUUUCGGCCGGUAGCCAGGGCAACAUCUUUGCCGCGUCGGCACUGAGGAGCAUGCGCUUCCUGCAGAUCUUGCGCAUGGUGCGUAUGGACCGCCGUGGAGGCACCUGGAAGCUUCUGGGAUCUGUAGUUUACGCACACAGCAAGGAGCUUGUGACUGCCUGGUAUAUCGGCUUUCUGGUGCUCAUCUUCGCCUCCUUCCUCGUCUACCUUGUAGAGAAGGACUUGAAUAAGGAGUUUUCUACGUACGCUGAUGCACUCUGGUGGGGCACGAUUACUCUGACCACUAUAGGCUAUGGAGAUAAGACUCCCAAGACAUGGACAGGCCGCUUGCUGUCCUCCGGCUUUGCGCUUCUUGGCAUCUCCUUCUUCGCUCUGCCUGCGGGUAUCUUGGGCUCAGGUUUUGCUCUUAAAGUCCAGGAGCAGCACAGACAGAAGCACUUUGAGAAGAGAAGGAAUCCUGCAGCUUGUCUCAUCCAGUGUGUUUGGCGUAGCUAUGCGGCUGAUGAGAACUCGGUUUCCAUUGCUACCUGGAAGCCACAUUUAAAGGCGUUGCAUACCUGCAGUCCUACAAAGAAGGAUCAAGCGGAGACCUCGACAAAUAAGGGUCUUAGUGAUAAGCGCGGACUUCGCAGGAAACUGAGUUCGAGGAGUCAGAAGCUGAGCUUUAAAGACCGUGUAAGGAUGGCCAGUCCUCGCGGUCAGAGCAUUAAGAGCAGACAGACAUCCGUCACAGACCGGCGUUCCCCGGGUGCUGAGAUCAACGCCGACGGCUCCAGUCCAGUCAAAGUGCAGAAGAGCUGGAGCUUCAACGACCGCACUCGCUUCAGACCCUCUCUCCGCCUCAAGAGCCAGUCCCGCUCCACCACCGAUGGUGAGGCUAAUAUGGCACCGGAGGAGGGCGUCGAUGAGAAAGGCUGUCACUGUGAGAUCUCCGCUGAGGACUUGUUACCGGCAGUGAAGACCGUCAUCCGAGCAGUCCGGAUCAUGAAGUUCCAUGUGGCAAAGAAGAAGUUUAAGGAGACACUGCGUCCGUAUGAUGUUAAGGACGUGAUCGAGCAGUAUUCAGCAGGACACCUGGACAUGUUGUGCCGGAUUAAAAGUUUACAGACGAGGGUGGAUCAGAUCCUGGGGAAGGGGCAAGUCCCUGUAGAUAAGAAGCUGAAGGAGAAGAUGCUGUCUGAUGGAGAUCUGCUGGAGGACGUCAGCAUGUUGGGGAGGGUGUGUAAAGUCGAGAGGCAGGUACAGUCCAUUGAAUCCAAGUUGGACUCGUUGCUGGACGUCUACCGGCAGGUUCUGCAAAAAGGCACCUCCUCAGCUCUCAACCUGUCAUCUCUGCCCCUGUUUGAGCUGGCACAAACGCCAGACUACCCAAGUCCGGUCUUUACCAAGGAUCUCUCCUCUCCCUCACAAUUCAGCCAAAUGAGUAGCUCCAACUUCCCCCGGGGCUUCCAUCUCAUUUUGGCUCCCAAUGAGUUCAAUUUCAACUUGAACAACUCAUCAGGGUCUCCCUCCGUUGACGACAAACUCAAUUCUGCCUCACCAUUUAGCCCAUCUCCUCUUCAGCCUCUUGCCACACCCACUGCAGAUUGCCCACCUGCUUUCAUGGCAAACAAUCCUGGUGGGGUGCAUAUUCCCAGACUGGCCAGCCCUCCUCCACCCCCUCCGACAUCUGCCCGGUUUCAGCUACCCCUGUUGCCACCUCAGUCAGGCCGAGUGAACAACGGAUCAACCCAAUUUCAGGCCAGUCCUUCUGAUCACUUCCCACCCUCAUAUUUAAACAGAUCCCAGCAGGACUUGGCACCAAAUGCUAGAAAUCGCCCCAGCGCCAAAGAGGAUGCUUCCUGGAGGAGACAUAUGAGCCCAGAGAUGGGAAUGGAGAUGGACCCUCUUGUGGAGCUCUCACCCUCCUCAGUGCCAGAUGGAGUUGACCAGGCCGUGGGAAAGUCCUUCUCUGCCCAGGACCUCGUUGGGAUUCCAGAGGUUGAUAGGCAACACAGCCUCUCAGCCAGCAGCAGCCAGGACUCUUUGGCUGCAGAGCAUGAGAUGGGAGGAGGUGGCUGGGCCGAGGCCGAUCUCUUCAUCGCAGAUGGAGACCUGGAGAACUCAGUUCAGACUCAGUCCCCAGGCUUUGGCUUCCUGACACAGCCUGCUGCAAAUUCCAAUUUCUCCUCUGAACUUUUGAGGACAGGGACAGCAACGAGGGAUGGCCUUGGCCUGGCGCCCAAAUUGGGUAGUACAAAGCCUUUCAUUUUGCCACACGUUUGGCUAAAACAAUAAGUCAUGGACAUGAUGAACUCUUAUUAGAAUUGAUCUUCUUGAAGGACAUGAAGCUUGCUUGAAAGCUUUGUCUUAUUUUUAAGUAUUUUAUUUUAGCAGCUGGAAAUGGGAGGUUGGAAAGGCAAGAGUGGAGUUUGGGGUAUUGUUUUUAUUUUUAAAAUUUGUUUUAAUUUCAGAUUUAAUUUUAUAUAUUGUUGUUAAAUGCUGAUUUCUUUAAGAAGAAAAAAAAGUUUUCAUACAGUGAACAUACCUGAGGACUUUUCAUUGCAUGCAGUGUGCUUUUUUUAAAGCACUGUAUUAUUGAGUUGGCCUAAUGAGGGAAAUCCACAAUAUAAUGAAAAGACGCUUUCUCACAUAUAGUAUUCCUUUGCUUAGUUCAGAUCAGCGUGAAAUUGACACUUUUUGUUAAUUUCCUUUUGGGUCAUGUUCCAUUUCGCAUGUCACAACAAAAAAAAAACCUUGCAUGUGGAGACAGGUAGGAUUGAAAAUUUCAUUUAUAUGUAAAUCUUUUAUUGAUUGGCUAUUUCAUGUAAAUGGGUCAAAUCAGGGUUGAAUUGUGUUCUCUAGUCAAUCAAACUGCACUAGGAUUCACUCACUUGGUCUCAGACUGGCCCUUUUGGUCCACACCUAAGUGCGAUUGCUCUGUUUACAUUUGCCUAAACAAACCACAUGGUUAAAAGUGCCAUAACUUAAAAAUAAUUGCAUGUCUCCAAUAGAAAAGUAAAGACGGUAUUGCUUAUGUUGCAUGUCAGAACCACAGGAACUGAUGUUAAACUGGAAAUGAAGGUUUAUGAACAAGCUGGCUUGACAAUGUCAUCAUAUCAUUUUAGAUGCUAACGGUUUAUAAAGAUACAGAAUAAAGUCAAUGAAGACAAAAGGGAGAGGUAUGAAUAGAGGCAGCUCUAGGGGACAUGUUGGGAAGCCAUCAGGGCUAUGAAACAUGAAGAGUUUACACAAGCCAGGUUUGAAAACUCAGGUCGAUUGAUUCUGGGAUUUUUCAGGAUGUUUAUGUGUGAUCAAAAGCCAAUAAAUUACAGGAAUAGACCUGUGACACCCUUUGAGGCCGCAGUGGGGACUCAUCACUGAGAGGUUUUUCAAUAAGAGCCAAGGUGUACAUUUGUCUGAUUUUGAAUACAGUAGAAAGCCAUGACUGUACAGUUUUGAGGUUAUUUUGUGUUUGUAUGAUAAAAUCUCACAAAGACUUAAACUGGAGAAGAUGGUAAACCUGCCAAGCUUCACCCAAACCCAAAUAGUUAAAACAGCCCAUUGAAGCCACACCAACAAAUAAAAGCCUAAUGUCAAUUGAAAACAGUAACAAAAUAAAUGCCUCAAGUGAGGUAGAAUUAAGGAGCUGUUGGCUAUUCAUGCUAUUGAUUUUUUUUUUAAAUAGUACAGUCCUGGACAUGUCUUGCAUGAGCAAAUCUGCAGCAGACUUUGAGAAUGCAGGGUAAGCAGAGAGAAGUUAAUAAACUCAAAAGCUAAUGAGCUUUCGAAGCAGUGUUUAUAUAUGAAGGAAUAAAAUCUCUCCUUAAAUGCAAUGCACAUUAAUCCAUUUUAAACAGAUGAUACUGUUUUGUGCCUCAAUAGUAUUUAUUCAUAUUUAUUACUAUUUAUUGUUUAUUACUUAUGUGGCUGCUUUUUCUGAUAUUUGAAUGAGCCACACACACAUAUCCUCAAUAAGACCAUGAUGUUAAUGGCUUGGUUCCCCCUCUUUGCCCCUAUGAAAAGAAAUCCUAGAACCUCCCCUGAGUAUGAGAAGCCUGUUGUUGUAAAAUUAUAGAAAUAACAGUAAUACUGUAAAAAUGGAAACAGCUAUAACAAAUUCCAACUGUUAUUUGUUUUAUUCUAAGAGGAACAGACACUGUUACAUGAUCUAUAACAUAUAGUAUGCUAUAUUUAUAGAUACUAUAUUCUGGUUUUGUCAAGCCAACUCAAAACUUUUUUCAAAAAAAUAUUAUUUGUUUUUACAUCUUUUAAAUGUUACGUUACAUUGUGAAGUCUUUUAUUUUUCUUUAGUUAUAAUAAGUCCCUGACAUAUUGAAGGGUACUUUUGCUGUUGAA